CAAUUAACCCCAUACUACUAUAUAUAUACCAUUGACGUGCAGUCAGUACACACACGGGAUAGAGAGGAGAUGGGAGAACUAAGCGAGGGCGGGCUACUGAGGAGGUUUAGGGACUUGGAGGUGAGCCAAGAGAAGCUGAGGGAGCAGCUGGGACUAGUUUUAAGGGAAGGAACAGACAGGGAGAGAGAGGAUACGAAGAGGAAUCGCGAUGAAUACGAUGCUGAGGUCAUACCGGGAUCUUUUUCGCAUCCGUAUCGGAGCGUUUUGCAGCAUAUCGGCCACGCUGUUCAUGUCUGCCGAUACGACACGGGGGAGAUCAUAUACUGGAAUCAAGCGGCAGAAAAUCUCUAUGGAUGGAGGGACCAUGAAGCACUUGGCCAAACGAUUGCUAAUCUGCUUAUAAAUCCUGAAAACCAUCAAACUUUUGAAUGGAUCAUGGAAAAAUUGAGCAGAGGGCAAAAAUGGUCAGGUCGGUUUCCGUUUAGGAAAAGAUCAGGGCAUAUGUUCAUGGCAAUGGUAACAAAGAGUCCAUUGUACGAGAAUAAUGAGCUGAUCGGUAUUAUUACUGUAUCACUUGAUAGUGCUAUACUUGAUGAUAUGAACAAAGAGAAAUCAAGAAUGUAUUGGAAUGAAUCUCAUGGUGUGCAAGGGGAACAAAAGCCGAAUUUUGGAAGCUUGCGUCCACAGACAGACAUUGUAUCAUCUGUAUCCAAUCUGGCUUCGAAGUUUUUACCUCGUAUUCAUGCAUAUAGUAAUGAUGAGAUUAAAAACUCUUGGGAAAGAUGUGGAUUUGGUUUAGAGACAGAAAAUUUACAAUCAGAGAAGCCAAGGAUAAUGUCGGCAUCAAGCACAAUCUUCAAAUUGCAAUCUGGAUUGAAGGCCAUAGAGGAAAAGACAUAUAAGUACGAGGAGAUCCUAGCAAAAUUUAAUCAACAGUCUAAAAUUGCUGCGAAAGUCUUCUCUAAGUUGCAUCCCGGAAGAGAUACCCCCAAAUUCACUGAAUCAGAUAAAGGCGUUCAAAAUAAUUCAAUAAAUAUCUUGAAGGAAGAUUCACCACCACCAAUUCCUCAAGGUGAUUGCACGGGUUCCUGCAGAAAUCGGAGUCAUAUGUCAAAGGAAAACUAUUGUGAAGCUAAACAAGUUCCUGGACAUGCAGAGCAAUACUGUGCACCAAACUCCCUUACUAUACCGAAAGAUAUAGCUAAGGAUGAGAUGAAAAGAAAUUAUAACGAAUGCAUACACUGUUCUGAAAGAGGCAAUUCUCGAACUAAAACUAGGUUGUCUAACAUAAAGAAGAACAACUGCAGUUUCCGAAAAAAUGGGAAGAACAAAGCGGAACGUGCAUCGAGAAACUUAGCAAAUUGCUCGUCAAAUACAGUAGAAACUGAUGGUAGUAGUCAAACAGGUAUUUCACUGGUUGGGAAAAAAGAUCUCAACUUGAUCACUAAAUGUGACAUUCGGUGGGAGGACCUUCGUGUAGGAGAGGAAGUGGGUCAAGGUUCAUAUGCAGUUGUAUACCGUGGAGUUUGGAAUGGAUCGGAUGUCGCAAUUAAAGUCUACACAGGAAAUGAUUAUCAAGAGGGGCUUCUCUUGGAAUACAAAAAGGAGAUUGCUAUAAUGAAAAGACUGAGACAUCCAAAUGUAUUAUUGUUCAUGGGAGCAGUAUACUCACGUGAACGGCAUGCCAUUGUAACAGAAUUUUUACCCAGGGGAAGUCUAUUCAAAACAUUGCACAAGAACAAUCAGAAGUUGGACAUGAAACGCCGGUUAAGGAUGGCGCUUGAUGUUGCUAGAGGUAUGAACUACUUGCAUCGGAGAAAUCCACCAAUCGUACAUAGGGACCUAAAAUCAUCAAAUCUACUAGUUGACAAAAAUUGGACUGUAAAGGUUGGAGACUUUGGGCUGUCGUGUUUAAAGAUCUCAACUGUAUUGACAACAACAUCUGGAAAAGGAACUCCUCAGUGGAUGGCGCCCGAGGUCCUUAGAGGCGACUGGUCUAACGAGAAGUCAGACGUGUUCAGCUUCGGCGUCGUUUUGUGGGAGCUCAUGACCGAAUCCGUCCCCUGGAGCCAGCUCAGCCCUCUCCAGGUAAUUGGGGUCGUCGGGAUCAUGGACCGGAGGCUAGACUUACCUCCAAACAUGGACCCUCGAGUCUCCUCCAUCAUCUGCGAUUGCUGGGACAGCGAUCCAAGGAGGCGACCGUCGUUCGAGCAGUUGGUGGGGAGAAUGGGGGAGUUGAUAACGGCGGUGACGCCUGCUCUCGCUCACCGGAGGUCGGAGCACCCGACUGGGGGGUCUGCAGCGCUAGAUGAUUGUUGAGGGGCUGGAAAUGGGAAGGGGUUGAGAAAAAUGGGUGUAGGCGGAGUAUGGAAAUGUGAGGUAAGGGGGCAAAGGGGAAACAAUUUCUUCUUUUGAAUAUACCUUUCUCUGUAUUAUUUAGGGUUUUUCUUCCCUUCCAUUUUAAUUCAGAAGAUAAACAAUUACUACUGACUAACGGGUUAAGGCGCAAAAUCUGGAUUCAGUUUGAAGUUCAUACAGCUCAAAAUAAAAACUCAACUAGUCCUUGAGUAGA